AUGUUGUUCUUUCUCUUCUUCACACUACUCUACGCAAGUAAACCGAAGACUGAAGACUAUGCCAAUCCCGACUGUACACACUCUUCUUGCACAUCAUGCCCAACAUCUGCAGAUGUCUGUGACGCCUGCAGAAUAAAUUUUGUUCUGAGUGAAGGCAAAUGUAUUUACCAAACAGAAGCUCAUUGUUUAAAUUCAGUGGAUGGGUACUGCACUGAAUGUCAAGAAGGAUAUAAGCUUGACAUAGAUAGUGGUGUAUGUAUUUCUGGAGAAGAUGGCUGUGGCGAAUAUGAAGCCAAAGGUGUUUGCUAUGCAUGCAAACCUUCAUACGUAAAGAAUGCAGACAACACAUGCAACAAAUGUGCCACCAUUUCUCAUUGUAUUGAUUAUGCCAACGACUGCACGUGCAAUUCAUGUGUAUUGAAUUACCACCCAUCAGACGACAAAAAGACGUGUACUUCUGAAGAUGUUCAUUGCACUCAAAUUGAUGUCGUCGAAGGGAAGUAUCAGUGCAAUUUGUGCUGCAGUGGAUUUUACUUGAAUACCACUACCCACGUCUGUAUGAAGGGAUCAGAUGCCACAUGUAUCUUAUAUGAAAUGCAAGCAGACGAUAAAGUUGUUUGUACUGAAUGUUUACCAGGGUACGUUCUUUUUGACGACAAAAGUUGCAAAAACAUCACUGAAGUUUUUGGACCAAAUUGUGUGGCAACAGAUUCCAAUAACAAAUGUGAAAAGUGUAUGGAUGAAUUCUAUCCAAAAGAUAAGACGUGUGAAAAGUGCACAUUAUUCUGUGAUUAUUGUAAUGAAAAUGAAUGUAAGCAAUGCCACGAGACAACUGCAUAUAAUACCACUGAUAAAACAUGUGUACCUUGUGAUGAACAUUGUUAUGCAUGUCAGAUUACUGAUAAUGAAAAAACAUGCACAGUCUGCUAUGCCGACUCUGUUUUGAUCGAUGGACAUUGUGUCAAAAGUACUCUUCCAGCAUUCACGUGUAAGACGGACGCUGCCAACAAAGAAGAAUGUGAAACGACUGCACAGAACUGUGUGUAUGAAACCGUAUCAGAGACUCUUUCAAUGUGUACAUAUAAAGGAAGUAACUGCACUGAGUGGGAUACAAACAACGAGUGCACCAAAUGUGUCUUGGGAUAUAAGCAAAAUCCGGACAAGAAGUCGACGUGCACUAUAAUAGACGACAAUUGUGCACUUUACAAAGAAACCACCGAUGGAACUCAAGUGAAGUGCGUUUCAUGCAAGGCUAAGUACUUUUUGACUGAUGAUUUCAAGUGUUCUCGAUGUGGCGAUUUUUGUGCAAACACGUGUGAAUACUCUGCAGAAAACUGUGACGAAUUUGAAUGUUCGGAUUAUGUCUGCGGGAAGUGUGCAAGUGAUUACAAUAAGUGUGAUCAGUGCAUAUAUCAAACUGUGAAUAAAGUUGAGAACAACAAGUGCGGUCCUAAUGCAUGUAUCGAGCCUUUGGCCGAUGGAAAAUGCAGUGUUUGUAUGCAAUACUCUGAUACAUACACUUAUGUCCCAAAUCCAUACACAGACCCAGAAAGAAUGCCAAAGUACGUAUCUUAUUAUUUGGCUGACGAAAAUAUGAGCUGUGAAAUUAAGAGUGGAGAAUCCGAGUCGGAUGAUUUGACUUGGCUUUGGAUCACUUUGGGCGUAGUCGGAGGCGUUGUGUUGAUUGCGGCUAUCAUUUUGAUUAUAGUCGCCGUUGUGUUCUUCAUGAAGAAGAAGAGUUCAAAAUAUCAAGAAAUUGAUAAGUGA